UGUGUGCCUGAAAGGGACUUAAGAUUAAUUACCGAAUAAAUAAAAGAAAUUUUAAUGGAAGAAUCAAACGUAUAGCCAAUAAGAGCUCCGGUAAAUAUAUGUGGAGAUAUUCAUGGCUAAUUUUACGAUUUAUUAGAACUAUUUAGAGUAGGAGGAGAAAUUCCAAUUUAAAAUUAUAUAUUCAUAGGAGAUUUUGUCGACCGAGGAUAUAAUUCCGUAGAAACACUAGAAUAUUUACUUUGUUUAAAAAUUAAAUACCCUGACAAUAUAACAUUAUUAAGAGGAAAUCAUGAAUCGCGUUAAAUAACAUAAGCUUAUGGUUUUCAUGAUGAAGUAUUAAGAAAAUACGGAAAUACAAACCCAUGGAAAUACUGUACAGAUGUAUUUGAUUAUUUACCAAUAGGGGCAAUAGUAGAAGGAAAAGUAUUAUGUAUACAUGGAGGAUUAUCUCCAGAAAUAAAAACAAUUGACUAAAUAAGAAUGAUAGACAGAAAAAUGGAAAUUCCACACGAUGGUCCUUUCUGUGAUUUAAUGUGGAGUGAUCCAGAAGAUAUAACUACUUGGGCUAUAAAUACAAGAGGAGCAGGAUGGCUUUUUGGUUCUUAAGUAACUAAAGAAUUCAAUGAAUUAAAUGAAUUAGAUUUAGUUGCUAGAGCGCAUUAAUUAGUUGAUGCUGGCUAUUAAUAUUGGUUCCCAGAUAAAAAUUUAGUUACAGUAUGGAGUGCACCUAAUUAUUGUUAUAGGUGUGGUAAUAUUGCAGCUAUUCUUAAGUUGGAUGAAAAUUUAAACUAAAGUUGGGAAACUUUUAAUGCUGUAACUGAUGCUUCUAAAUAGAUUAAUCCUAAAAGUUUAUUGCCAUAUUUUUUAUGA